CCAAUGGCGGCGCGGCCGCGGGAUCAGCUGACUAGGACGCCGGCGGCGGGGGCGAGGGAGGCGGCGGCGGUUGCGCGAGGGUUACCAGGCGGCGCGGAGCGCGGAGCCGGCACUCCGCCGCUGUCACUCGCCGGAGAAGCACGAGCCCACAUGGAUAGGAGCCGCUGACGGGCCUAUCGGAGUGUGAGGGAGUGUGUGUGUGUGUGAUAGUCGUCGUUUUUAUUUGUUUUAUCGCGCUGUCACACACACGGGCCGUGUGCGAAUCCGGUGGAGACUUGUUCCUUCAGCGGUUGUCUGUUCGUCGAUUAUGAUGAAGGACAGUAACAGGAACGUUCAGGAGAUUUUAGCCGCGACCGCCCCGCAGCACGAAUCGAAGCUCCACGGCGUCUUCCACAAGUUGUCUGAUAUCUGGCAGCCGCAGCAGCAGAAGAUGUCUGCGACCGAAGUCUUGGACCCGGCGAUAGGGGAACAACGCUUCAGUACGCCCGAAGGAACUGAUGAGUUCGCUUGGCUUUAUGCGAAUGUCGGUUGGAUGGACGUGCUGAACGGUGAAGUGUUGGCGUAUUCGGUGUGUGAACUGAAUAAGAUGCCGGUUGCCACGUACGCGGAAGCUAUGCAUCUGAAGGUGGAUUCAGGAGGUGUGCAAGCCGGCUGGAGGGCGCUGGCGAGGCGGCUGGAGCGCGAGCUGAGGGCCGCAAAGUCGGCGCACCGGCUAGCGGCCGGCGAGGUGCUUCUGCCCGCGGAUCUCCUGCCGCGGGUGGCCCGCGAGGCGCUGCGCCUCUCAGACCCGGAGCCCUGCGGACUCAGGGGCUGCACGCUACACGUAAAUUUGGAGACGGGCGACACGUGUCGGCGGGUGAGCACGAUAAAGCUCGACUCCGACACCGUGUCGACCUUCGAGCUGUACCUGACGCUCCGCCAGGACCUCAGUUCGUGGCACUCUCUGCUGCCGCAGUUCCUCAAGAACCUGACUCGAGGCAGUACCGUAGUCAUUUCCCCGCGCUUCUCGCUCGACAAAAAGAAGCUCUACCGCUCGUACCUGGAGUAGAAUAAAUUUAAAAAAACAAACAAACUAAUUAAUAAAUCAGGCGUCUGGGCGAGCGAGCGGGUGGAAGCGAAAAUUAAAAGGAAAAAAAAACAACUUUUUUUUCUUUUUCUUCGCAUGCCAUUCUUGGUGCUACGCACGCCUUCAUCACGCCAAGAGAGCCAAGACUGAGCCACGGAGGGCACCGAUUCCCCCACCCCACCCCCUCAAGCCCACCUUUGAAAAAGGUGGGGCGCAUACAGAGGACUCUUGUAUAUAGAUUUACAGACUUCCUAGUAGUGUACCUGCGUUCAUAGUGAGACCCUUAGAGAGAAAGGUGUCGUCUUUUUUGCAAUUUUUUGUAGUCGAUUCUAUCGUGAAAAGAAGUAAAAAAAAUACUCUAUAAAAAGAUGUCUAUUUACCUUCAAAGAAUAAGAGUUGUUAAGAUUGCAGCUAUGUGAUAAAUGGUUUUUCACUUGUUUUACUCGUGAGAGAUGUGAUGUCCUACGGGACCGGUACCUGUGGAUAUAGAGUGUUUUAUUUUAUAUUAAUAUUGCAUUAAAUAUGAAUUAUAGGGUGCACGCAAAACACCCGGCAGACAAAGCAAUUAUUCGCCGUCUGCUGUUAAACAGUAUUGUGCAUGUUCUUGAGUUUAAUUUUUUUUUUUUUUUUUUUUUUUGUCAUCACAAGCGAUUGUGUGUGAGAGGUAUGUGCUGUAGUCCUUCAGUGUUCAGCAGAGUUUAAUGUCUGUUUCAAGAUUUGAAAACAUUUAUUGCUUUUUGUACUUUAUCAUACAUUAAAAUGGUACGAAAUGAGACUGAAAUCUGGUUGUAUUUAAUCAAAUUAAACCAUAUUUCCCUGCCUUCCGCCUUCCCAUGACUGAUUAAAUAAAAAAAAUCAAAAGCAGCGUCUAGCCAGAACGCAACAGCGUUCGCUGAGGAGCAGCGUCCAGAGUUCAAUUCUGGGCAAGUACAGUGUGUUUAUGCAGCCGUAAACAAAACAUAAAAGUACUUCUUCCUUACUGCAGGAAUAAAGUGGCUGCAUUAAAUGUCAUGUGUUUGCAAAUUGUGAAAGGCUUGUCGGGGAAUUGCAAUAUCGUCAAAAGAGAGGUUUUUAUUAAUAAUUUGUCAGCGUAAAGUAACUUUAAGAGUAGAGAUGAAAGAGAUGAAUGGUACUCACCUUCAAAAAUUAGAACAAAUUAUUUUACAUACCAAGUGUAAAUUUCAGAAAAAAGAUAUUAAAAAUUGAAAUUUGAAAUUGAAUUUUUUUAUUUAAGCACAGUAACAAUACAUAGUAAUAAUAUGAAAGCAAGUAAACAGAAAUAGAAAUUCGAUUUUCUGGGUAAUCAAUUAAAAAAAAAAACAUGAUUUUUUUUAUAUAUUGCAGUUUGAAUUGUUUACUACCAGCAAUUGUCGACUGCUAACGAUUUAUUCGUUUUUACUUAGAGCUAGAGAGGAAUUCGAAAGUGCCAAGUAGAAAUCGGAGGUAGCAGAAAGUGUUUAAGCACUCUCCGUGUAUGAUUUGUCUCGCUCGGGCAUUUGACUGGUGAAAUGAUUUUUGACAUUUAAGUAAGUCGAUUUUACAAACAAAGGAAUGAUUCGAGCCUAAGUCAUGCUGAAUCAAGCGAAAACUGUAACCAGUAGCGAGAACAAAUGCCUUGUUAAUGCGAAUAAUCAGGUACAAUUAUCUCGACCAUUAUAUUUGAAACUGUAAUGAAUAAAUGUUUUCAAGGAAAUAAAAUUUGUGGUACUCGAACAGUAGCUUUAACAUUAAGACGGCCUUGUGUAUUUAACGUGCAUGGCGAUUAGUUUUCUAAUUAGAAUAAAAUAAGUUCGAAACAAAAAACGAAUGUCACGUUUUCGAAUACAACCGAUAGAAACAAGCUAAAGAGAUGCCCUUUUUUUAAUGUGUAUUCAUUAAUAUUUUGAUUAAUGCCCGUGAAUAUGGUAUUUGGUGGGUAGUUACUGAAAGUAAACGAAAUUACAAAACUAGCCCAAGCUUCAUAUUAUUGAAAUUAAAGGAAGUCGAAGAGUGCUGUUUGUUGUAGGCAAACAAUAUGUAAUGAGCGGCGUUACGAAAAAUUCCCCAAAUUUUACAUUGUCGAAAGUUGUAGCAGAAAAACAAUGUACGAAAUGGUUGCAGAUGAACUCAAACACGGCAUUGAUUUUGAAUUGUAUUUUUUUUCUAAUUCGAAUUAGAAGUGGUGACUGUCUAGCAAGGGAAUUCAAAUAUGAUGGCACUAAAGGACCGUUGUAGUAGCGUAAAGGAAAUGUGAACGAAGCUAAGACUCGUAUUCGACAUAUUGUAAAUAGCCGUAUGAAGUACAGCAAAUGGCUGCAGAAUUCUCUUCAAAAUUUCGAAUUAUGUGUGAAUUGCAAAUUGCGUGUAACGAACUCCUCACGAAUACGAACCGUGGUGACCAGAUAUAGCAAGGAAUACGAAAAACGGUAGCAGAUGCAGCUGAUGUUUGUAGAACGUUGUUCAAAAUUUUCGACUGAUAUUUUACGUACAAGCGAUUCCAAACAGUGAUGAACAGAAAAGAGGAAAAGUAACAUCGUGUAGAGACUACAAGUGAAGAUAGCAAAACGCUGUCAACAAUUUCGAAAGAUGUGUUACGUGCGACCAAAUCCUUCGAAAGCUGUGUGAAUUUCACAUUGCACGUAACCAGCUCCAACAAAUACGGACAGUAGUGAACAGAGAAGAUGAACUGUGGAAAACAGAAAUCAGUUAGGUGCCAGCGAACAUAGGCUACGUCAGCGCGGACGCUGUGAACACGCACGGGCAUGAAAACAGAUGUUUUACGUAUAACUAACUUCUAGUAGUACGAACAGUGGAGUACAGAAAAGAAGGGAAGGAAACAGAAAUUGGUAGCCAGCAGGAGCGAGAAGUACGCUGUUCAAAAUUUCUAAUGACGUAUCACGGAAAUGGGAAGGAAUAUGAAAAGAAGAGAGGUAAAUUAUGGAAAACAGGUAACCGGUAGCUAGUAGUAGCGACUACAGUUGCUGUUCAGAAUUUCGUUCGCUCUUCUUUACGCUGUUCAGAAUUUGAAACGAUGUAUGAGGUGGAGCCAAAUCCUUGGAAACGCGUGUGAGUUUCGCAUUGCAAGUAACCAACUGCAACAAACACGGAGAGAAAUUACGGAAAACAGAAAGUUGGAAGCCAGCAUAGACCGCGGUAGCGAGAACGCUGUGCACACACACUGGCGUAGGGGACGAUGUUUUAUGUAUAAUUAACUUCCACUAAUACGAAUCUUGGUGUACAGAAAAGAGCUUAGGGAAAGAAACAGAAAUUUGGUAGCCAGCAGUAGCAGUAGCGAGCAAUACUCUGUUCAGAAUUUCGAAUGAUGACUGCGACCAAAUCCUUCGCAUCUUAUGUGAAUUCCGAAUUGCGCUGAACCAUCUGCCAAGAAUACGAACAGAAGAGAGAUAAAUUAUGGAAAACGGAAGUCCAGUAGCCAGCAGUAACGACUGAGGGUAGAAGAACACUGAUCAGAAUUUAGAAUGAUGUAUUAGGUGCUACCAUAUCCUUGGAAAGGCGUGUGAAUUUCGCAUUGCAAGUAACCAACUGCCACAACCACGAACAGUAGUGAACCCAGAGAGAAAUAAUGAAAAAGAAAUUUAGUAGCCAGCAAACACUGAUCAGAAUAUAGAAUGAUGUAUUAAGUGCGACCAAAUCCUUGGAACGGCGUGUGAAUUUCGCAAGCAACCAACUUCAACAACCACGAACAGUAGCGAACCCGGAGAGAAAUUACGGAAAACAGAAAUCCAGUAGCCAGC